AUGGGCUCUGCAAAACCAAAACCUCCGCAAAAGCCAAAGGCAGUCAAGCACGCCGCGGCUUCAGCGUCCACCUCGGCCGCUUCUAGCCCCGCCUCGCCUCCCACCACUGUCGCAGGCUUCACGGUCCUCCCGGUCCUGUAUGCCCCCGCCGUCAUCCACUACCUAUACGCGCAUGCGCACUCUGCGCCAAAGCACAAGAGCUCGAAGGGAAAGGAGAGAGAGGAGCUGCCGGAGGGCCGGACGCUCUUUCUCGUGAACGUCCCGCCAGACGCCACAGAGCGCGAGUUGACGGUGCUGUUCAAGUCGGCAGGGACGGUGGAGAAGGUGGUGUUCAGUACUGGGCCCGAAGCGCCAGUACCAGAGGAUGAGGACGAGGACGAUGAUGAGAAGAUGAGCGACGAAGAAGACGGCGAGGGCGAAUCUGCGGACUCGGACGAAGGGAUGGACUCGGACGACGCCCCUCGGCCCUCCAAGAAGCGGAAGGCGGACGGGACAGAGGCCCCGAAAGUCACCCCCCUGCCCGCCCCCGCGCUGCGGCACGUCCGCCGCACGGGCCACACCGCCUUCGUCGUCUUCCUCGACGCCUCCUCCCUCGCGCGCGCGCUCACGCCGCCGCCGAAGCCCCCAGCGUGGCCGACCGACGCCGCGGCGCCGCGCGGGCUCGAGCACUUCACGGCGCUGUACCGCGCGGCGCGGCCGCCGCUUGACGUCGUGCGCGCGCACGCGGACUCGUGGGUGGCCGCCUUCGAGCACGCGCAGGCGGCGGCGCGGCAGGGGGGCAAGUACCGCAUGGGAGAGGCGGUCGUCGACGAGGACGGCUUCACGCUCGUCACCCGCGGUGGCGCGUACGGCAAGACGCUUGGUGGGGGCGUCGGCGUGGCGAGCAAGCGGUUCGUUGCCGGGGUCGCGUCGGACGGAGACGGGGACGGGAAGCGGGGGCGGAGGAAGAAGGAAAAGAAAGAGAAGGAGGCGUUCUACGCGUUCCAGAUCCACGAGAAGAAGCGCAAAGACAUCAUCGACUUGAAGCGCAAAUUCGAGGAAGACAAGGAGAAGAUAGAGAAGCUGAAGCAGUCGCGGAAAUUCAAACCAUACUAG